GGUGAUCACAGUUUUCCGCCUAAAUAAUUUGACUCAGUAUCUGGUUCAGCCUUCGGAAUGGAAAGGAGGAGCUCAGCAUAAGGAUGACAUUUUAUCUGCAGCAUUUUUACCUCCGCAGACCCUUGUCACAGGCAGUUCUGAUGGUGAGAUAGUUGUAUGGAAUAAUAGUACUGAAAAUGCCAUCAUGAAGCUUUCCUACAAUCCUGGAAGAUCAUUGAG